AUGAACAUGGGUCAUGUCCUGACGUCUCUUUGGGUCCUCUCUGGGGGCAGGGCGGUGCUGUCUGGAUCCACAGGACGUCAGACUCUCGCUGUUUUCACAGUUUCCAAAAACAGACAUUUUUCUGCUGCAAGUUCUGACGAGCCGCACAUCACUGCUUCACCUGCAGACUCUGGCCAGAGGACGGUGUGGCCUGAUGAGAGCAUGGGCCCGUUCGGACCUCAGGACCAGCGCUUCCAGCUUCCUGGGAACGUUGGCUUUGACUGUCACUUGGACGGACUGAGCCAGAGCCGGAGGAGGCCUCAGAACCUCCACAGAACGGUCCCUGACGUCCUCACGGCGCCCAGCAGCUCUGAGAGGCAGCACUUUGUACUCGCUCAGUUCGUCAAUGAGUUCCACGGUAAACUGGGUCCGAUCGACUCCAGAGUCCAAAAAGCAGAUCAUUAUUUCAGUCAAACUGAGACCGACUGCAUCAUCAACUCCUGUCCUGAGCUGCUGAGGAAAGACCUGGAGCUGAUGUUCCCAUCGGUCCCGCCCUCUGCCAUCACCGUGGUAACUGUCACUCAGAAGAGCGGUCGGUGUGAAGACCCGCGGCAGGAGGACGGGCAUCAGUUCGACCGAUUUGUGAGCGGAGCUAAAGAGAUGUGUUUUGCGUUGUGGACGGCAGGAUACUGGGCUGACUUCAUCGACCCGACCACAGGGGGCGCUGUAAGUCUGACCCUGACCUUUGACCCGACCACAGGGGGCGCUGUAAGUCUGACCCUGACCUUUGACCCGACCACAGGGGGCGCUGUAAGUCUGACCCUGACCUUUGACCCGACCACAGGGGGCGCUGUAAGUCUGACCCUGACCUUUGACCCGACCACAGGGGGCGCUGUAAGUCUGACCCUGACCUUUGACCCGACCACAGGGGGCGCUGUAAGUCUGACCCUGACCUUUGACCCGACCACAGGGGGCGCUGUAAGUCUGACCCUGACCUUUGACCCGACCACAGGGGGCGCUGUAAGUCUGACCCUGACCUUUGACCCGACCACAGGGGGCGCAGUAAGUCUGACCUUGACCUUUGACCCGACCACAGGGGGCGCUGUAAGUCUGACCUUGACCUUUGACCCGACCACAGGGGGCGCUGUAAGUCUGACCCUGACCUUUGACCCGACCACAGGGGGCGCUGUAAGUCUGACCCUGACCUUUGACCCGACCACAGGGGGCGCUGUAAGUCUGACCCUGACCUUUGACCCGACCACAGGGGGCGCUGUAAGUCUGACCUUGACCUUUGACCCGACCACAGGGGGCGCUGUAAGUCUGACCCUGACCUUUGACCCGACCACAGGGGGCGCUGUAAGUCUGACCCUGACCUUUGACCCGACCACAGGGGGCGCUGUAAGUCUGACCCUGACCUUUGACCCGACCACAGGGGGCGCUGUAAGUCUGACCCUGACCUUUGACCCGACCACAGGGGGCGCUGUAAGUCUGACCCUGACCUUUGACCCGACCACAGGGGGCGCUGUAAGUCUGACCCUGACCUUUGACCCGACCACAGGGGGCGCUGUAAGUCUGACCCUGACCUUUGACCCGACCACAGGGGGCGCUGUAAGUCUGACCCUGACCUUUGAUGACCCGACCACAGGGGGCGCUGUAAGUCUGACCCUGACCUUUGAUGACCCGACCACAGGGGGCGCUUUUUUCGCGUCCGCCUCGGGCCCGUCUUCUCUUCGCUCCGAGCAGGAUCUGAGGGACCUGGGUUUUCACAUCGAGGUGUCUGCGUCCUGCACCGUGAUCCGCCACAUCCUCAGAGGAACCCCCAUGUUCGUGGGGACUGUUUUCACCAACGCACCGACCCACAGCGCGGCCGUCGCCCGCCUUCAGGGCCACGCCCACGGACUCGACGACGACGAAUAG